AUGAGCACGAAAAGCCGCGCUCCUGUUGAAAUCCAGAAGAGUUUCGUUCAGCAGGUGCAGAACAUUUCUGCCCACACCCGUGGCAUUAGUGACGAGCUUGCCCUCAUGUCACAGGGCCUGCGCGAUAGCAUCGAAAAGAAUCCCGGCCCCACGGCGGACCUGCUCGCUGCCGCGAGUCAGCUGAGUAGCUCCACAGUGAGGACCUGCAUGAACCUGUGCAGCUGUCUGCACGAUCUGGGUAGCAUGGGUGAGGCCGCAGAGACUGUGCUGGCUGCCCAGCCGGAGCUGGAGGUGGCGCUGCUGUUAAACUUUUUCGGCACCUUUGCGACGCAGAUGAGCGUCUUCUUCAAGGAAAUGGACGCAUGGUGGGACAGGGGUUGCCAGUGCUUUAGUCGUAGCAAGGCAGCGUUCUUCAGAGAGUUGCCAGCCUCUAGCACAUUGUCAGCGGCGGACAUAGAGCGCGAGGUGUCAGCAAUGACAUCCGCAUCGACUACAGGUACAAGGCGGUACAAGGAGAACGAGGCGCUUGAUGAUGUCGUAGGCAGAAAGUUGUCCCAGCAGCACGACGAGGACGGCAAAUUAGUAAGUGGUGGUACCGCUCUCAAGAAGGCACGCAAAAAGGCCUCCACGGCUGCCGAGGCGGAGACGUCCACGGUGACAAUGUCGCCGCAGUCGCAGGAGAACUUUGAUCCCUCACAGAACAGUCAUUCUAGCCGUGGCAGCGCCGAGGACACGAUGAUCGACUUGGCAGCGGCGGCUGAAUCAGGUGCUCAGACGGCUGCACCACGACGACCUAAAAAAAAAAAUUCAUUGCCGGUGCUCCCCGUCGGUGACGCACCUGCGGGGCUGAUGCCGGAGGAGCUGAGCUCCUUGGCGCUUUCCGAGCCACUCUACCUACUCCUCACCUCCACCCUGGAGGAGGCGCUUGGUGCGGCUGUCAUGGCCGCCCGUCCUAAUGUCUUCAGUAACCUGAGCAGUUUUACCUAUAAUGAGCCUGUCGCCACGUAUUACGUCCGCCUUGUCCGGCCCGGCAGCUUGGCGUACUUUGUCUACUGCAACUACAUUCGAGGCAGCGUGGAAACGCAGGAUGACUUCCUGUGUGACGUGCUGGAGACCGACUGCGCCGAGGUCGACCCAUUUGCGUCCCCCGCAGGUGAGGUGAUCGUCGACGACCCGUCGGACCUCUCCAGCCUACCGGCGUGUGCAUGGGGCUGCGGCAGCAGCGAGGACAAUGAGCGCCGUCUGUACACGAUGUACGCGCUCGUCACGCAGCCGUCACGAGUCGGCCCGACAGCCAUCAUACAAGACUCGCUGAACAUGGGCGCCGCGCGCGAGGAGGUACUGCACAUGGUGGCACUCGUGGACGGCGCACCGGAUUUUGCGCGAGUGACGUGCAUGGUGCAGUCGGAGGGGCGUCCUGUGGAGGUACCGAACCAGAAGCAAGCGGCCAUCAUCACCUUCUCGCGCAGCGGGUUCGUGCAGGCCGGCUUUGUCGAAGUGCCUGACUCGGAGGUCGAGGCGGCGGUGUCACAUACGAGGCUCGAAAAACAGAGUGCUGCGGAUGCUGAGAUGUCGCUCUUCCCGAGGGAGGAGCGGGGUGCCACAACAACAUUUCAACCUCCUGUACAGCUUGCGUCUCUCGAUCAGCCUACUUCCAGCGCGGGAAUAUCAUUUGGCGGUGUCGCGCGUGGGGCCGUGCAGGGUGGCUACGAAGUGCUGAAGGCGCCCUUUACGGUAGGCCGCGCAGUUGGCGGCGCUCUACUCGACGUCACCGGCGUCACCGACACGGUGCGCAACAACAUCGAGGGCCUUUUUCGUAGGGCUUUCCCGGACUUGGUUGGCGAGACGGUCGUGGACUCCUUCAACUGCGCCUGGAUGGAGCGGUCCAUAGUGAAGCAGGGUUACCUAUUUAUCACGCGGUACUGGGUGUGCUUUCAAAGCACCGUAGCUGCUGCACACUUUUCCAUCGAAUACGACGAGAUCAAAGACAUUGUCAAGUGCAAAUCAGUGAAGAUGUUCGCGAACGCGAUUGAGAUCAAGACGCACCUGAAUGACACGAUCUUUCUCACAAACUUUCUUCAGCGGGACCAAGCCUAUGAUGCUCUGAUGAGUCAGUGGCUGAAACAGUAA